AUUAGAAUAGCCGAUCGCCUCGGGGAUCUCUACUGUAAUUGCUUCCUAUUUGUUGUCACAAAUAGCAACUGUGUAGGCUAGAUCAAAACUGAGCGAUAGAGACCGGAACCUUCCGCAGCCCGACGGAGAGCGCACCAGACUGGCAUGCGCAAAGUGAGGACGACCGCUUUAAUAUUUUAUCUACAGUAGGCAAUGGCUGGACAGUCUACCAUCAACGGGAUUACUUUAUCUCCCGUAACUCGCCAUCCAUCUUCAUAGCCGCAACAUUUUUGGAAAAAUAACAUUUUAAUACUCAAGUGUAAUUAUGGACUCCGUUUCUGCACCCCCGGUUUGCCGUGCUCUUGCAGUUCCAUGACUGGCGGGGAUUGGACACGUAGCCCCACUCAGACGCGCUGUGACAGAAACAAGUCUCCUCAUCUGGGAAGACUCAACAACCCUCGCCUAGUAACGAGAUUUGAAGCCUCCCCCUUUAUCAAACUAACGGGAUCGUCGGAUACCAAUGACUUAAAAUGACACCUUAAGUUACCCUCUUAUUACGCGCUGGUGUGUGCUGUCUCUGGUAUUAUUUUUCAUUUUCACAGUGGGAGCGAAAGAGCGGGGAAACAGGAAACUCGUCCAUCUCCAAGUUUUUCGGAUCUCAGGGGCGCAGUGGAGGGAGCGAGCGGCGAUGGCAGCCCGGAUGACAGCAGCGUUCGCUCUCCUGGUUCUCACAGUGGCAACUGCCUUGGGUGCGGAGAUAGAGGAGCGACUGGUGACCUACCUGCUGUCUCCAGAGCGCUACAACAAACUGAUUAGACCUGCUGUCAACAAGAGCCAACAGGUCACCAUCCAUAUACAGGUGUCCCUGGCCCAGCUCAUUAGUGUGAAUGAGAGAGAACAGAUCAUGACCACCAACUGCUGGCUGACUCAGGUAUGGAAUGACUACAGGUUGAUGUGGGACCCAGAGGAGUAUGAGGGCAUUAAGAAGGUCCGCCUCCCGUCUCAACACAUCUGGCUGCCUGACAUCGUCCUCUACAACAAUGCGGAUGGGAACUAUGAGGUCUCAUUCUACUCCAACACUGUGGUCUCCAACAAUGGAGAGGUGAACUGGCUGCCCCCCGCCAUCUACAAGUCGGCCUGCAAGAUCGAAGUCCGCGACUUCCCCUUCGACCAGCAGAACUGCACACUCAAGUUCCGAUCCUGGACCUACGACCACACGGAGAUCGACCUGAUCCUGCUCAGCGACUUCGCCAGCCGCGACGACUUCAAGCCCAGCGGCGAGUGGGACAUCGUGUCUCUGCCAGGACGGAAGAACGAAGACCCCUCUGACAUCACCUACCUGGACAUCACCUAUGACUUCAUCAUCAAGCGCAAGCCACUGUUCUACACCAUCAACCUCAUCAUUCCCUGUGUCCUCAUCACCUCUCUGGCCAUCCUGGUUUUCUACCUGCCCUCUGACUGUGGAGAGAAGAUGACUCUCUGUAUAUCAGUCCUCCUGGCCCUCACUGUGUUCCUGCUGCUGAUCUCCAAGAUCGUCCCACCUACGUCUCUAGCUGUCCCUCUCAUAGGGAAGUAUCUGAUGUUUGCCAUGGUGCUGGUCACCUUCUCCAUCGUCACCAGUGUCUGUGUGCUCAACGUGCACCAUCGCACGCCCUCCACACACACCAUGCCCCCCUGGGUCAAACGUCUCUUCCUGCACCGCCUCCCCUCCUUCCUGUUCAUGCGUCGGCCGGCCAGCUCCAACAUCCGAGAGAGGUUCCGCCAGAAGCACCAGCGGCCCUCCUACUCCGACCUGAAGCUGAGAGACGGGGCAGUGGCAGUGGCCCCGGCCGCGGGGGGAAUGGGGGUGGCAGAGGGGUCUGGGAUAGGCAGGGCCGACUCCUUCUAUGUGAAUGAGGAGUCGGCCAAGCGGUACGGCUGGAAGAUCAGCGACCUGUCGGAGAACACAGAGUUCAGAAAGAGGAUGACAGUGAAGUGUCACGCAGACGUUGAGGAGGCUGUGGACGGGGUGCGCUAUGUCGCCGAGAAGAUGAAGAGUGAGGACAACGAUGAGGGGGUCAUCGAGGACUGGAAGUAUGUUGCCAUGGUGAUUGACCGGCUCUUCCUGUGGAUAUUUGUGUUUGUGUGCAUUACUGGGACUUUGGGGCUGUUCAUGCAGCCCCUCUUCCAGAGCUACAACACACCCACCGCAGACGACCUGGAGCAGAACUGACCUAUGACCUAUGACCUUUGACCCGAAACCUGACCCUGACGCCCCCCAACACCCCCAUGAGGAACAACCGCCGCGAGUAAAACAGCUACUUACCAACACCUUGAAACAGAACUGUGUUAUUUUGACACACUCACAUACUGUACGCACACAGCACACCGGCUGCCACCACAUCAACCAAUGCCCCUCAACCUCCCCUCUUAACAUCUUGUAUGGAACAGAGCAACCCCACCAACCAAUGCCCCUCAACCUCCCCUCUUAACAUCUUGUAUGGAACAGAGCAACCCCACCAACCCUAGAAAAUGGGUCUGUUGUUUUUAAUUUUAUUUCUGCAUUUAGUUUGAAAAGGGGAACCAAUCUUUUCUGCAGAGUUCCAGAAUAAUUUGCUGAGCCCAAAGAUCCACACACACACACGACGAGCCCGACCCUGGCCAGAAGACGAGGACAGAGCCUCCAGUCUCUGCUACAGAGAAGGACAGCUCCUCCGUGUGUCCUCGUCCAGUGAAGCACAGACGCACACGACGAGCCCGACCCUGGCCAGAAGACGAGGACAGAGCCUCCAGUCUCUGCUACAGAGAAGGACAGCUCCUCCGUGUGUCCUCGUCCAGUGAAGCACAGACACACACGACGAGCCCGACCCUGGCCAGAAGACGAGGACAGAGCCUCCAGUCUCUGCUACAGAGAAGGACAGCUCCUCCGUGUGUCCUCGUCCAGUGAAGCACACACACACAGACAUAACUCUUGCCUUCAGACGAAGAGGGAGAGACGCAUUUCUUUAGACAGGAAUGCCAGCAGGCUUGUUGUUUUGCUGUGAAAGGGGAAGCCUUGACUGUCUCCCCUCACGCUACAGUGUGUUGACUGAGUACUACUGUACAGUAUUCGGGACUGCUUCUGGCCCCAGGUGGUCAGUCACCUGAUGGUCUUUCAAUGCGUUAACAUGAGCGUUUUUAGCCUACCGGGUUAUGUGUGUAAUUUUACGUUCAAAAUGGUUGUUCUUAUGUGUUCAAAGAGGGUGGGACCAACGGGAAGCUAGCUGUUGAGUAAAUACAAAAUGACCAUCAAACUGUUGUCACUCACCUUUGCUUCUCUUAAAGGUACAGUACGCCGGUGUAAGAAGUGUUCAUUCUCACAAGGUUUUCCAGGUAACCAGCAGCUGUACACAAACUCCAUAAGCAAACCGGUCAAACUGAACAGCAUUUGGCUCUGCACUAGCAAUCUUCCAGGCGGUAUAAACACUGCUCAGUAUUUUUUCAGAAAUCUUUAACCUAAGUCUGUGUUCAACUUAUUUAUUGUGACUGUCAUAUAUGCACUCUGUCACUGCUAUAAAUGCUAGCCAAGGGAAGGCAUACUGUACACAUUUCAAGUGAAGAGUUUUGUUCUCAUCUCAUGUAUUUAUUUUUAUCAGUGUGAAGGGGACAUGUGUUUUUCUUCCGCUGGCCAGUUAUGUGACCUGUUUUGGUUUGUCGUCCUGGACUGAUGUAUUCUGGGUAGCGGUCAGAAUUACAGGAGGUAACAAUGCUGAUGUCAUGUCAAAGAAGUCAAUAAAAGGAAACAACAACGGGAUGAGGUUCUAGAAUGUGGUCCUGUGUGGCUCAGGAGCGUGGGUUUGAUUCCCACCAAUACGAAAACAUCUGCAUGCAUGAUUACGAGUUUGGCUAAAAGCGUCUGCUAAAUGGCGGAUAUUAUUCUGUUUUACAUAAUACAUACUCCUGUUGAUACUUUUCUCACCAGGGUUUUUUACACAACAUUAUGAAUGAAGAUUAUCGGACCCUGCGUUGUACCCUCGUUAUAAGAGCUGACUGACCAUAUGACAAACCAUAUCCUCGAGCUCUUUGUUUUUCUGAAAUGAACCUCACAGAUUGUUCAGUGCGCUUUGUUUCCGGAUAAUGUUGACUCACAGAAUUAAGCAGCUUCUCCGAGCGGUUGGAGUCUUUGUUACCGUCGGACGAAAGGCAAGACGUUUCAGGAAUGCGUAGCUAUGGGCGGUUUUGUGUCUCGUCUGAAUUGUCUGGCGCUCAGGCUAAAUGUUAGUCAGUUGAUGAAGAGGUCAUUA